GGUGACGCGGUGCAGUGAAGAUGGCGGCCGCCGUGGAGAGCUCACGAGGGCAGGCGGCAGCGGGCGAGGAGGCAGCCAGCGAUUCUGAGAUAAGCUCAGGACUUCCAGAUGACAGCUACUCCUCUGGGGAUGAAGCCUUGGAUGGAGAUGAUGAGGAUGAAGCGGCAGUUGUUGAGCAUGUGGCUGAAGAGACUGCGAACUCCAAAGCUGGUCCAGGUUCAGGCUGGGCAGAUGCCAUGGCAAAAGUGCUCAACAAAAAGAUACCACAAAAUAAGUCCAUCAUCUUGGCCAAGAGUAAAAAACUGGAGAAGGAAAGAGAAAAGGAGAGACAAGAAAGACUGGAGAAGAGGAGGAAGCUCGAUAAAAAGAGGGAGUGGGAAAUGAUGUGCCGAGUGAAGCCAGAUGUUGUCAAAGACAGAGACAGAGAGAGAAAUCUUCAGAGAAUUGCCACAAGAGGUGUUGUGCAGUUAUUUAAUGCUGUCAGGACACACCAAAAGAACGUUGACGAGAAGGUGAAGAAAGGUGCAAGAUCUGAAAGGCAACGUGCUAAACUGCUAUCCUCUGUUUCAAAGAAAGAUUUCAUCAAUGUUUUAAGAAGCAUGGAGGGUGCUAAAGGAAACCGUAACUCUGCUAGAAAGGCCGCAAAAAGUAAACAGGGUGAAGUGAAGUCUGAAGAGGGACCAGAAUGGAAUAUACUACGUGAUGACUUCAUGAUGGGAGCUUCUAUGAAAGACUGGGAUAAGGAAAGUGAUGGAGAGGGCAAUAUUGAACAAGGAGGUGGUUUAAAACAAGAAGAUGGCAGUGACUGAAUGAAACUGAAAACUUUUUGAGAUACUUUAUCUUUCUUUAUUUGGAUUAAAAGUCAACAUUCUGUGAAUGUACAAUACUUGGAGGCUGUCUCUUCUUAAAAAGAGUCUUGCACAAAUUGAGUGUGUUUAUUCCUCAGUGUCCAACAUUUUAAAUAUAGCUUCAUUUGCUGUACUGAAAUCCUGAAGUAUUUUUCAAAACAUGUAUAAUUUUCAACAUAUUUCCAAAACAUUUUGUGCAGUCAAAAUAGUGGCACUUGCCCAAUGAAAGAUGGAUUUUGCCAAGGUCAUUAAAAGUUUAUACAUUA